AUGGCAUGCAUUGUUUCCGCUCCGCUAUGGGAUUCCAAAUCUUCCACCUUCGCAGGUCUACUGACCACGUCCGAUUACAUCAAUGUCAUCCAAUAUUACUUUCAAAACCCGGCCGCGCUGGACCAAAUCGAUCAGUUCCGGUUAGAUAGUCUGCGAGACGUGGAAAGGGCACUGGGUGUCGCGCCGCCCGAAACCAUCUCUAUCGACCCCGAGCGACCCCUCUACGAGGCUUGUCGGCGCAUGCUCCAGUCUCGAGCCCGAAGAAUCCCUCUCGUAACGAAUGACAGCCAAACGGACCGAUCCCACGUUCUUAGCGUCGUGACUCAGUAUCGCAUCUUGAAAUUUGUCGCCGUCAAUGUUAGUGAGACACAGAAGUUGAAGAAACCGCUAGGGGAACUGCGACUCGGUUCCUAUCAGAAUCUGGCCACCGCUUCGAUGGAUACUCCUGUCAUCGACGUGAUCCAUAUUCUCGUGGAGCGAAGUAUAUCGAGCGUGCCUAUUCUGAACUCGGAAGGGGUCGUCUAUAAUGUAUUUGAGGCAGUCGACGUGAUCACAUUGAUUAAAGGUGGUGUCUACGGUGAUCUGAGUCUAACCGUCGGCGAGGCAUUGAAAAAGCGGCCUCAGGACUUCCCUGGCAUUUACACCUGCUCUCUCAACGAUGGUCUGGAUACUAUCUUCGACACGAUUCGCAAAUCCCGCGUGCACCGAUUGGUCGUGGUGGAUGAUAACUUCCGACUAAAAGGAGUCCUCACACUGAGCGACAUCCUACAAUACAUACUACUGGAAGGCGAAAAUGAUGAACUUUCCUGA